AUGUCCGGAUUAUUUGGUACAGCGGCUACCACCACCUCGACGAACGCGGCCAAUACUCUCGGUGAUCUCUCGAAAGAUAUUCCCCUCAAUAAUCCUCCAGAGGAUAGUAUUUCCGAUCUUUCAUUUUCGCCAGUUUCCGAACAUUUGGCUGUCGCAUCGUGGGAUAAGAAAGUGAGGAUUUAUGAGAUUCUGUCAAGCGGGCAGAGUGAAGGUAGGGCAUUAUUCGAUUUCGAGGGGCCAGUCUUCAGUUGUCACUGGUCAAAGGAUGGAAAGAAAGUCGUAGGCGCGGGGGCAGACAAAACUGCGCGUGUGAUGGAUCUCGAAAGCAACCAGACAGUAUCGCAAGUCGCCGCGCAUGAUCAACCUAUAAAGGCCGCGAGAUUCUUCACAGCCCCUCAGACAAACGGCGAAAUGCUUGUAACCGGAUCCUGGGAUAAUACUAUUAAGUAUUGGGAUCUGAGAACUCCUAACCCAGUCAUUUCGGUGAACAUGAAUCACAAAGUCUACACCUUAGAUGUGCAGAAGAACGUUUUGGUUGUUGGGACUGCAGAGCGAUUUAUCAAUAUCGUCGACUUGAACAUGCCAGAUAAGAUUAAAAAGACCAUUCAGAGUCCGUUGAAAUGGCAAACUAGAGUUAUUAGCUUAUUCCCGGAUGCGACUGGUUUUGCUGUUGGCAGUAUUGAAGGGAGAUGUGCGAUUCAAUAUGUUGAAGACAAGGACGCCAGUAUGAACUUCUCGUUCAAAUGCCACCGCGAUCCACCUUCAAACAACAUGACCAACGUCUACUCCGUGAACGCGAUAUCAUUCCACCCGAUCCAUGGCACUUUCAGCACUGCUGGAUCUGACGGCACCUUCCAUUUCUGGGACGGAAUCGCCAAGCAUAGAUUGAAGGGCUACCCAAGCGUUGGAGGAACCAUCUCAGCUACAGCAUUCAAUCACACAGGAAACAUCUUUGCCUAUGCCGUUAGUUACGAUUGGAGUAAGGGAUAUUCAAGCAACACACCGCAGUAUCCAAAUAAGAUUAUGCUACAUCCCGUGAACGCGGAUGAGUGCAAACCCAGACCAGGUGUCAAGAAGAGGUAG